CAUUUGGUUAUGAAAAGUCAAUGUCCUUUGUUAUACUGUUAAGGAAGGGGUUAGUGGGUAGAGAUUUUAGAGAGAGAAAGAGAAAAUUAGAGAUAAAUGUAGGGGUCAAAAGAGAGGAGGAGAGAGAGAGAAAGAAAGGAGUUAUCUUUAUCUAUCAUAUUUUAUCAAAAAUCAAAACUUGUAUGAUUUUCCUUUUUGUAUUUACCAUUGUUGAAAAGUAAGUUGAGGAGCCAUUGAUGAGUUGGGUUUUUGCUUUUUUUUUUUUUUUUGGUUUAGUGAGAGACAGUAGUACAUACAUGAGACUUUUAUUUUUGGGAGAGAGAGAAUUAGAGGUGGUGUCUUGUGAGCUCUGUUCCUUUUCAGGUUGUUGGAGUCUUUAAUUCUUAAGAGGAAAAAUAAAGGUGGGAUUUUUAUUUAUCUUCUCAUAUUUUUUGCAUCUGGGAAAAUUUAUUUUGUUUAAAUACAUUAUUGGGUUCAUCACUGAAGUGGGUUUCUGUGAAAAUUUGGGGAUCUGGAUUCUAGGGUUUGACCAUUUAGUUUCUCACUUCUCUCUUUCUUUGAUUUUUUUUUCAUCUUCUUCCAUGGAAAUUGGGUUUUGACCUGGUUUUCUAGACUUGGGUUUUCUGCGUUUGUGGCCGAAAUUUGAGAUUCUUCUUCACUUUCUUUUGAAGUGUUGAAGAAAUCUGUAUCUGGGUAUUCUUUGAUCUGUAUCGAUGUACACUUUUUACUGAAGAAUCUGGAGUUUGAAGCUGAAAUUUCUGGUGGGUUUUUUCUUUUGAUGGGCUAAGCCUGAGCCUAUUUUUCUUUGUGGUGUUCAGUAAGAUUGAAUAUAUAUUUAUAUAUAUUGUUUUCGAUGCAUCUUUCACUAUGGAAGCCCAUAUCUCACUGCGCUGCUCUGCUUAUGGACAAAAAGAGCAGUAAAAAGAGAGAUGGGUCGUCCGAAUCAACGAGUGAAGUGAAGAAAAAUCAAUCAGUUCUCAGAAAACUUCAAGAGAACAAGCUCAGGGAAGCUCUUGAGGAAGCAUCUGAAGAUGGGUCUUUGUCAAAAUCCCAAGACAUCGAGUCUGAAUCCAUGGCUAACCAGGACGAGAGUCUUGGAAGGUCACGGUCACUUGCUAGACUCAACGCCCAGAAGGAGUUUCUUCGAGCCACUGCACUUGCUGCUGACAGAACCUUUGAGUCUGAAGAUGGUAUUCCUGAGUUUCAUGAAUCUUUCAACAAAUUCCUUACUAUGUAUCCCAAGUACCAAUCUUCGGAAAAGAUUGAUCAGCUGAGGUUAAACGAGUACUCUCACUUGUCCCCAAAGGUAUGCCUUGAUUAUUGUGGAUUUGGGCUUUUCUCUUAUCUUCAAACAAUUCAUUAUUGGGAAUCUUCUACAUUUAGCUUGUCUGAGAUAACUGCUAAUUUGAGUAAUCAUGCUCUUUAUGGUGGUGCUGAGAAAGGGACUGUGGAACAUGAUAUUAAAAUGAGGAUUAUGGAUUAUUUGAAUAUUCCUGAGAAUGAGUAUGGCCUUGUGUUUACAGUGAGUAGAGGGUCUGCUUUUAAGUUGUUGGCUGAAUCAUACCCUUUUCAUACAAAUAAAAAACUGUUGACUAUGUUUGAUUAUGAGAGUCAGUCUGUGAAUUGGAUGGCUCAGAGUGCUAGAGAGAAAGGUGCUAAAGUGUACAGUGCUUGGUUUAAAUGGCCAACCUUGAAGCUCUGCUCAACUGAUUUAAGAAAGCAAAUUUCAAACAAGAAGAAGAGGAAGAAGGAUUCUGCUACUGGCCUUUUUGUGUUCCCAGUUCAAUCUAGAGUAACAGGGGCUAAGUAUUCCUACCAAUGGAUGGCAUUAGCUCAACAGAAUAACUGGCAUGUUUUGCUUGAUGCUGGCUCAUUGGGGCCUAAGGACAUGGAUUCUCUUGGGUUAUCCUUGUUUCGGCCAGAUUUCAUUAUCACUUCAUUUUACAGGGUUUUUGGAUUUGACCCAACUGGAUUUGGAUGCCUUCUGAUCAAGAAAUCGGUCAUGGGAAGCCUUCAUAAUCAAUCUGGGUGUACAGGGUCUGGAAUGGUGAAGAUUACUCCUGAAUAUCCACUGUAUCUGAGUGAUUCUGUAGAUGGUUUGGACAAAUUGGUCGGAAUUGAAGAUGAGGAAGUAGCUGUAAAUGGUGAGAAAACCUCUGAAACUCGCCCUGGAUUGCAGUUGCCUGCCUUCUCUGGCGCUUUUACAUCUGCUCAGGUGAGGGAUGUGUUUGAGACUGAAAUGGAAGAUAACUGUUCUGAGAGAGAUGUAACAAGCACCAUCUUUGAAGAAGCUGAGAGUAUUUCAGUUGGUGAGGUAAUGAAGAGCCCAGUUUUCAGUGAAGAUGAGUCAUCUGAUAAUUCAUUUUGGAUUGAUUUGGGUCAGAGUCCACUGGGGUCUGAUCAUGCUGGCCAGAUGAACAAACAUAAGAUUGCCUCUCCAUUGCCCCCAUAUUGGUUUUCCGGGAAGAAAAAUCAGAAAAGAGUUUCCCCUAAACCUACUUCCAGGAUAUAUGGUAGCCCAUUGUAUGAUGAUAAAGAUGGAUCACAUGAGGACCGGCAAGUGUUAUCAUUCGAUGCUGCUGUUUUAUCUGUUUCACAGGAAUUGGAUCGCGUCAAGGAGGUCCCAGAAGAAGAACAAUAUGCAGAUGCAAUGCCCUCUUUGCCAAAUGGUAAGAAGUCUUCGGUUUAUCUGCAUAGUGGAGAAAUCCAAGAAGAACCUGAAGAAAGUGGAACGCUUUCUACUGAGUGUAUGUCAAGUUCUAUCACAAAUGGUUCUCGGCUCAAUGAUAUAACUUCUUCCUAUAAGCAUCAUAACUUAGAGAAUGGAACAACUUCUCAUUUUUGCUCAGAGAUAAAAGAGAGUGCCAUAAGAAGAGAAACAGAAGGUGAAUUCCGGUUGUUGGGGAGAAGAGAUGGGAAUACCAGAUAUGCUGGGGGUAGAUUUUUCGGUGUGGAGGAAAAUGAAGUAUCAAGCAGGGGAAGAAGGGUGUCAUUUAGCACAGAAGAAAACCAUCAAGAGCAUCCGAGCCAUAAUGUGCAGACAGGAGAAGUAUCUGUAGCUAGUUUGGAUGAUGAUGAGUACAGCAGUGAUGGAGAGUAUGAAGAUGGAGAAGACUGGGACAGGAGGGAACCCGAGAUUACCUGCAGGCAUCUUGAUCACGUUAAUUCGUUGGGUCUCAAUAAAACCACCCUCAGACUGCGGUUUUUAAUCAAUUGGCUAGUCACUUCACUACUGCAACUAAAAUUAACUGGUUCAGAUGGUGGCAGCAGAACCAAUCUUGUUCACAUCUAUGGUCCGAAAAUCAAAUAUGAAAGGGGUGCUGCUGUGGCUUUCAAUCUCAAAGACAGAAAUGGAGGGCUAAUCAACCCGGAAAUAGUCCAGAAGCUAGCUGAAAAAGAAGGGAUCUCUUUAGGCCUUGGUUUCCUUAGUCACAUAAGAAUUGUAGAUAGUCUGAGACAUCAUCAAGGAACAUUGAGUCUUCAAGAUACUACACUCUGCAGACCAAUGGAAAAUGGCAGAAAUGACAAAAAGAGCGGUUUUGUACGAAUUGAGGUUAUCACAGCUUCUCUAGGCUUUUUGACCAACUUUGAAGAUGUUUACAAGUUAUGGGCAUUCGUCGCGAAGUUUCUUAAUCCAGUUUUUGUAAGAGAGGGUCAACUGCCAACUGUUGAAGAAGAAUCUGAGUCUUAAAAAAACAACCCCAUAUAAUGGCUAUGUCUUGGCUUUCUUCUUUUCCUGGAGUUGGAAUGUGGUUAUUUGACAGGAUAUCUCAAAGCCAAGGCAGAAAGAAAAGAAGGGACCACUAAGGAUCUAAGGUAUUAAACAAUGAUUCACAUUGGCUAAUUCUGUUCCUCAGUUCUUCAAUCCAGCAGAUGACUUGUUGAUUCAUAUGUUAUUGCUUGAGUUUUUCUCUUUUUCACAUUUUGGAUCUUUGUAGAGUUGGGCAUUUAGAAAAUUUGUAUCAUCUUGGAAGUCAUGGUAGUAAACUAAAAAAGCAGAAUGACAUUGGAUACUACUUCCACUCCAUGAAAGUGUAUCCUUUGCUUUCAUACAAAAAAUUAAAUUCGUUUUUUUGUCUUUUGUUUCCACUGUAAAAAAAUCAACUUAGUUUGCACAUUGUAUGUUACUACUUUCUUGAAUGCCAAGUUCUACUUUUAUAUCCA